GAAGAUGAUCAGAUGAUGUAGAAACGCUAACGUUCAAGAUUUCUUUCACCAUCCUUGCUGUAUAAAUAAACACUCACUCUCCUUCACAAGGCAAAGCUAAACUCUUUACCUCUCUCUCUCUUGAGAGUGUUGAAGUGUGAAGAUGGGUAUCCAAGUGCCAUUGAUGUUGUUGUUGUUGUGGACGUUGUUGGGCCUCAUGGCGAGGUCGACGAUGGCGGAAGAGACGGUGAUCCCCGAAACGAUGCGUUUCGACACCGGCGGGCUGAGCCGGUCGGCCUUCCCAAAGAGCUUCGUCUGGGGGACUGCGACCUCGGCUUAUCAAGUCGAAGGCAUGGCCGACAAAGAAGGCCGCGGGCCUAGCAUCUGGGACGUCUUCGUCAAAAUUCCAGGAAUUGUGGCCAAUAAUGCAACUGGGGAGGUUUCAGUGGACCAAUAUCACCGGUACAAGGGAGAUAUAAAUCUCAUGGCAAAGCUGAACUUCGACGCCUACCGCUUCUCGAUUUCGUGGUCGAGGAUUUUCCCUGAUGGAACCGGGAAGGUGAAUUGGAAGGGAGUUGCUUACUACAACAGGUUGAUCAACUACAUGCUUAAGAAAGGCAUCACACCAUACGCAAAUCUGUAUCACUAUGAUCUUCCAGAGGCUUUAGAGAAGAAGUAUAUGGGACUGUUGAGUCCUAAUGUAGUGAAAGAUUUUGCCGAUUACGCCGAUUUUUGUUUCAAGACAUUCGGCGAUAGAGUGAAGAACUGGAUGACUUUCAAUGAGCCGAGAGUGGUGGCUGCUCUCGGAUACGAUAACGGGUUAUUCGCUCCCGGGAGGUGCUCGAAAGCCUAUGGGAACUGCACAGCUGGAAACUCAGGAACAGAGCCAUACAUCGCGGCCCAUCAUUUGAUCCUGUCUCAUGCCGCAGCGGUUCAGAGAUAUAGAGAAAAUUACCAAGAGAAGCAAAAGGGAAGGAUUGGUAUUCUUUUGGAUUUCGUUUGGUACGAGCCUCUUACCAGAUCGAAGGCUGACAAUUAUGCAGCUCAAAGAGCUAGGGACUUUCAUGUUGGAUGGUUUAUUCAUCCUAUUGUGUAUGGGGAGUACCCGAGGACGAUGCAAGAAAUUGUUGGGGACAGGCUGCCAAAGUUCACAAAAGAAGAUGUUAAGACGGUGAAGGGAUCAAUGGAUUUUGUCGGUAUUAACCAAUACACAGCUUACUACAUGUACGACCCCCACCAACCGAAAGCUAAAGUCCCAGGGUAUCAGCAGGACUGGAACGCCGGAUUUGCCUAUAAUAGACAUGGAGUGCCUAUUGGUCCAAGAGCACAUUCUUACUGGCUUUACAAUGUACCCUGGGGUUUGUACAAAGCUCUGAUGUACAUCAAGGAGCAUUACGGGAACCCCACCGUGAUUCUGUCUGAAAACGGCAUGGAUGACCCGGGCAAUGUCACGCUUUCUCAAGGACUGCACGACACCACGAGGAUCAACUUCUACAAGGGCUACUUAACCCAACUGAAGAAGGCUGCUGAUGAGGGAGCCAAUGUAGUGGGCUACUUCGCAUGGUCUUUGCUCGACAACUUCGAGUGGAGGUUGGGCUACACAUCACGGUUCGGGAUUGUCUAUGUCGACUAUACCAACCUCAAGAGAUACCCGAAAAUGUCGGCCUAUUGGUUUAAGCAGCUGCUCACCAGAAAAAAGAACUGAGGUGACUCAAAGAUGAGUUUUUAUCCUUUGUUUAGAAUUUAGAAGAGGAUAAAUGAUGUCAAUCAUGAAGUGCUUGUCAUCAUGAAUUGUAAGGUUCUGCUGUUUUCUUCGUACUUGGGUUCUAUGUUUUGCUUUCUUUUAGUAGAAAUAGGGUGCCAACCAAUUUGACCUUAAGGCGGGUCAGUGUAAUAAAUGUCUCAUGACAAUGCUGAUAAUUUGCAAGUUUUUGAAUCGAGAAUCACUUGGUGAGUCA